AUGUUGUCAAAACAUUCGAAAUUCCAGUCCGAAUGCCUAGACCAAGCCGCCUCUCCCUUUUUUACUCGCCUCCCAAGGGAGAUCCGUGACCUUGUCUACCAGCAGUACAUCGCUAUCGAUGCCAUCGUAGAUGGCGUCUCAACGAACCAGCCCGAGCACCUGUUUCUCGACGAGGACAAACCUUACGAGGGCGAUGGCAUACCAUUUGAAGCUAGUUGCCAGAAAAUAAUGUCGGAAAUGCGAUGUGUGAGGCGGUUGCGAGAGGUGGCUAUAACCUUCUACUCGCCUUGGAAUUUCCGGCUCCAGCUCGCAGUAAAAGGCCGUCUUGACUGGGCUUGCGUCCAGAAGAUUCGCCUUCAACUCCGUAACGAGGACAGGUUCAAUACCAGUGGCGCAGAGUUCACCAAGAAAGCGAUGUUGCGGACGAGAGAGCUAAAGAUUUUACAUAUUGACUGCUCUUCAUUCAACGAGGCGUCUAACAGAGCAAUCGAACCCAAUAUAAUCAUAUCUAGCGCGGAUUCCAGUUCCCAGGACGACGAAGAUGAAGCGGAUUGGGAACUCUUUGCAAAAUUACAUUGGAUAGAAAACCUGCUCGCUGAUUGUGGCACGCAGCUAGAGAGGCUAGAAAUGGUGGUACUCGAAGGCAAAGGCCGCUAUCCAACGUUCUGGCCGGAGCAGGUCAAGCAAUUUGUCAAUGACAAUGUCGAGGUGAUAGAACUAGGCUAG